CUCUUUUCGUGAUUUUCUGCACCUCUCUCUCAUUUGCCGCAUUCCUCUCCAGAUUCGACUAAAUUGCCGAUAUCAUCGAGGUUUUCGCUCCUUCAUCGUCUCGUUCCUCUCGCCGCUGCCCUUCACAUCUCUGAAGGCUCCUGGCGACAAAGACAAGGAGGGGAUGUUGGAGAUGGAUACCUUGGUCAUCGGCAAUGGAAGUCAAAUCGAGGGCAAACUCUUGGGGGCCUUGCAAAGGAACUUCCUCCAGGUGCAGAGCAUUCUGGACCAGAACAGGCUCCUGAUCAACGAGAUCAACCAGAACCACGAGUCCAGAAUCCCCGACAACCUCAGCCGCAACGUCGGCCUCAUCCGAGAGCUCAACGACAACAUCCGCCGCAUAGUCGAUCUCUACGGCAAUCUCUCCGUCUCAUUCGCCGACUCCAAGGACGCAGACUCUGAUGGAAAGCGCGGCCACAAGAGGAACAGACCGGCGUAAAGAAUCGUUCAAUUACCUAGAUAGAGAGAUAUCAAGGAGGGAGGAAGAGAAUGAGACAGCUUACACUUGUUAGCAUACAGAACAGUGUAUAAGCUUUUCAGAUGAUCAGCUUGCAGAUCGAAAUAAAAGGUGAUUAUUUCUUA